AUGGCAGGCAACAUCAUCCUCUACGACCUCCCAAGCAUCCACAAAGGUUCCGACAAACCGUCAUGUUUCUCUUUGAAUCCGUGGAAGACGCGCAUGGUCCUCAACUACAAGCAAAUACCCUACACGACGGAAUGGGUUGAAUAUCCCGACCUGGAGCCCAAGAUGAAAGAGCUCGGCGUCAAAGCCAACCAACCAGGUACAGGCUGGACCGACUACACCUCCCCCACCAUCCGCCUCCCAGACGGCAAAGUCAUCAUGAACUCCGCCAACAUCGCCCCGGUACUCGAAGAACUCCACCCCUCGCCACCGCUGCACCUCGACGCCGACCUCCACGGCCCCAUCACCGAAGCCGUUGAGAACCUAGCCGGCGUCGUGUGGUGGGACACGCUAGCAGACGUCCCUUCGAUGCUACCGCCCCGAUCCGCAAAGUACUUCGAGGACACCCGCAAAGAGACCUUCGGCAUGACGCUCAAGGAGUUCGCGGCCGUCAAGGGAGGCGAGCAGGCGUGGAAAACGGCCGCUGAGCCGGGCGGAGCGGCUGAGAAGUUGGGAGAUCUUUUGACAAAGCAUCGGAAGGACGAAGGGCCGUUUGUGCUUGGGAGUCAGCCGAGCUAUGGGGAUUUUGUCGCGGCGAGUUUCUUUGACUGCUUUGAGCGGUGCUGCAAGGAGGAUUACGAGAAGAUGAUGGCGCUUGAUGCGAGGUUCAAGCCUUUGCAUGCGGCUUGUCGGCCUUGGUUGAAGAGGGAUGACUGA